UUGAUUAAAGGAAUAUCAUUCAUUUGUUUCAAAUAAAUAUUAUUUACAAUAAAAGCAUAUGUUAAAUUUUUAACAUGGAAACAAGAUUAAAACAAUUAGAUCAACUACAUAGUUUUGUCGAAGAAGUGGACAAAGACGUGACACUUAUAUUACAGAAUUUGCAAUGGGAUCGAAAACAUCUUUUGUCGAACUUACCGAUGGUAACAUGCCGCUAUGAUAAUAACCACCAAUUGCCCCAGGAGAAAAGGGAAUCCCACGAAACGAAGUGUUUCAUGAAAUUGCAAGGCUAUUCAGAAGAUGAGGAAAUGUUGCCUGAACCAUUGGACAUUAAUGCAAAUACUCUAGUCAAAUUAAGUACUCAACAAAUCAUUACUAUAUUGAAUAAAGCUUCAAAACGCAACCCAAUGUUUAAGAGAGGCAACAAUUGGGAGAAUCGAUGGUCGGAGCCCUGUAGCCUGGCGCGGCUGCAGGCCACGUACACCGGCGAUGAGCGGCGUGCUGUGCAUGACGCCGUAGUGCAGGCUGUUCCCUCAUGUCAUGACCUCGCAGACUUGGCUCUGCCCGGAUGUAGCACCGAUGAAGGAUCUAAUAAAGUCAAGUCCCGCGUGGAGAUCCUGGCCGAGCUGCGAGACAUGAGGCGCCGCCGCACCAAGUACCGGCAAGCCGCCAAGACACGCAACUACUCUGACGUGCUAAGAGACGUUAUUAAAACUCAGAUGGAGUCCUAUUCUGGAACAUCGCAGUUUACUGAGCAGUCUAAAGAUAAUAAUUCAAUAAGAAGUGUUAAUAAGUGUAGCCAAAAUUAUAAUUCUAAUCAAUCGUUCACGAGAGAUCGAGAAACAUAUAUUGCUACUAAAGAUAUAAGAGGGGGCCAUUUAAAUAAAUAUUACAAGUCACCCAAUCGAGAAGCAAACAGAUGUAAUUCAGCUACAGCUACUAACUAUAAUUCUAAAAGACAUCAAAUGUUUGGAAGUGAGAGACAACAAACAGAUCGAUAUCAUUCAUACAGAGACAAUUAUAAAACUAACGAAUCUACAAGAGAAAAAGCUUUCGAGUAUAAGCCCAGAGACAAGCAUACAUCGUCAAGUCACCAAAGAUACGAACACAAAGAAUAUCGCUCCAAAGAUAGAUCGGAAAGAAAUAUUAAAGAAACCCAAACACGAAAUAGUUACAGCCAAAAGAGGAAUAGAGAGUACACUUCGGAUGAGUCAGAAGAUUCUAGAUCUACAGACAGAGAAUAUAGACGAAAGAGUCACAGAAACAGACGAUCGCCGAGUUAUAACGAUAACUAUAGGGGCAGAGUAGACAGAACGCAUAUCAAAUCGGAAAGAUCGGAAUCGCCCACUAGAUAUAGACCUGGAAGAAGUCAGCCUUUACCGGCUCAAACACAUAAUAAAAAUUCAGAACUUCAAACAAGCAUUAAACAAGAAAGAGUUAAUUCACCAGAUAUGACUAAGAAACAAGAUUAUGGUAACACUUCCAGACCCAUAAAUGAUACCGAUAGUGGGACAAGCGCGCUUAUCAAAGUAGAAAAAGCUGAAACUGUCUCUCAAUACAGUUGCAGUCGCUCUGAAAGUAGAUCCAUUGAUCACACAGAGGAUAAACCAAGAGAAAGUAAUAUAACGAUGAAAAGAGAAAACGUACAAAAUAAAGAUAAAAUAAUUGAGAAUAGACAAGAGAGAAGUGGUUAUUAUAACUCCAUAUCUACAAAUAGAGAUUUCGAAAGUUCAAGUCGGAGAAUUGUAUAUUUCGAGAGAAGUUCAGAUAUACAACAUAGAUACAGAGAUAGCUCAAAUUCUAAUACAGAGUAUGAUGUAACUGUUAAAGAAGAAUAUACUGAAACAAAUAAAAGAAAUGAUCGCAAUGUUAAAUUGAAUAGAGGCUUAGGAAAGAUAUCUGAUAGACACGGUCAUCACAGAAGACGUAGUGCAUCAAGUGAUACAGAAGGACGUGGUCAUGAUAGAAGACAUGAUAAAUAUCAUUCUAAAGAAAGUAAUUCAAACGAUAUAAGAAAAGACAGAACGGGUGAUUCUAACAGAUAUAAUAAACCAAGUUACUACGACAAACACAAUACGAGAUGUGACGUCACAGACAAGGAAACAAGUUACGACGAGAGACGGAAACGCAAAAAAUAUUCCUAAUUAAACUUCAUUAAAAUACUUUAAG